CUACUAUUCAUGAACUAUUGCAUCCUCGUAAUUGCAGAUUUGAUAUUCCUACCUCAUAAUCGUGCAAGAUGGCUGACGAUGAUCACUACGCCGUGCUGGGCAUCUCUCAUUCAGCUGACUACGCCUCUAUCAGAUCCGCUUAUAACAGACUCGUGAUUAAGAAUCACCCGGACAAGGGCGGCUCUAAUGAGGCGUUCAUCAAAAUCCAGCAAGCGUUCGAAGCACUACGGGAACCCGUCUCUCGGGCAGAAUACGACAAGAAGAACAAGAUUAGGUCAUUUCGUAGAAAUGAAGAAGAGACGGGCAACAAACCUCAAGCAGCCAAAGGUCAAUCCACCAAACCACCUUUCUCACCAACUGCAGCUCCCUUCAAGCCCUCUGCUCCAUGGCCAAGAUCACCACGUCCACCAUCUACUCAGUCAGCUACGAACGAAUCCUCAUAUGACCCCGCCUGGACUCAAUAUCGAGAUGCGGCCGACAAGCCAAAGUCAAGACCAAGACGAAAGCCCAAAUCAGCGGCGGAGCCGGAGCCCAUCAAGAGGGGAAGAAGAGGUUCUGCGAGUUUUCAGAAGGAGUCAACCCCGACAACAACAGAUCCGAAGCCUACGGCUGCGAGGGCGGACGACGUUCAUCCAUUCCCACCAGGAACGCCGUCAUCCUUCAGGGGCGCACCUGUGAGACCGACAAGACCAGGCUCUCAGGAACCCAAUGGCCCAUCGGCGACCUCCCAAGCAAACCAACCGCCGACGAACCCAGUGCCCGCGAGCAGCGAGCCCUCUCCAACGAGCACUUUGGCCUUGGCCCAGUCAUCGGCGGAUCGAAUCAAGAGAAUGGUGCUAGCUUUGGACAAUGGCGUGGGCCACUACAUCUCCCCUGAGCUCUGGUGUCAUUUGCAACACUUUCAAAUGCGGCUGGUCAACCAAGCCUCGGAGCUACAACUUCGGCAAGCGACUGAGUUCAAUUGCCAAUUGCAAAAUCGACUCAACCCAAUAUCACUCGAGCUGCCAGCGUGGGACAGUGUGUACUAUGCCAAAUGGGCAAUGGAAGACAAGGAGGUUUUGGAUAGGCUGGGACAGGUCUUUUUGCUUCUUACCGAAACUGCGGAUGCACUCAGCCGGCGUAAACACCGUGGGCAGGAGGACAAUCAGGGAAUUCACAAUAUGAAUGUGGAUGACGAUGAGAUUUGCCGGCGCCUGGAGGAUGUUAUUGGUGAUACGCUGCAUGAUCUGAAGACGUUCUUGAUCGAAGUGUUAUUUGUUGGUCCGAGCGGCCAGGGCGAUGCCAAAGAGCGCUCCUAGUGGACGUUACGAUGGCUAUGUUGACUAAGUGGCAAGCAACAGAAGAGGAUUUUGUGAUCAAGGGGGCCUCCAGGCCUAUUGUCGUUACUGUUGCUUGCCUGGGCCGUGGUCCUGGGAAUCAGCUCUGUUAGAUUGAUUGAUGCCUGAGCUACGAGAACGAGUAUCUGGCUGUGGCUGUGUGGAUU